AUGGAAUUCAAGAGAAGUUUCAGAACCGACAAGACAGAUUCGCGAUGCGUUUAUCCAAAGGUCCACUCUUGGUCUAUGGAUGGAAGUGGAGAUUGUUGUUCGUGGGACGGCAUCGAAUGUGAUGAGGUCACCGGCCGAGUGAUUGCCCUCAACCUCAGUAGCAGUUGUCUCUCGGGCACCAUGAGUCCCAACACCACUCUCUUUCGACUCGUUCACGUGGAGUCGCUCAAUCUCGCUUACAACAGCUUCAACUUCUCCCCAAUCCCGUACGGCUUCAGCAAUCUUUCGAGGUUACAAUACCUUAAUCUCUCCCACUCGGAUUUUUCCGGUGAAAUUCCUCACGAUAUCUCGCAGCUAUCCUGGUUAGUUUCUCUCGAUUUGUCCACUUCUUGGGGCUUGACACUUCAUUUGCUCAACAUGGGCGACCUUGUUCAUAAUUCGACUGGGCUAAAAGAAAUCGAUCUUUCUUCUGUAAGCUUGUCAUCACCUGUCCCUCAUGUGCUAGCGAAUUUCUCUUCCUUGACAUCGCUUCGGCUUGGAAAUUGUCGAUUGAAUGGAGACUUUCCGGUCAGCAUCUUUCAGAUGCCAAACUUGGAAAUCCUUGACAUUUCUCUGAAUCCCAACCUUUCUGGUUUUUUUCCCAAACCGCAUUGGGGUUCUCCAUUGAAAUUGUUAUACCUUUCCUCGACCGACUUCUCGGGAGAAAUACCCGCUUCGAUCGGAAAUCUUAGUCUCUUGAAUGAGUUAGACGCUAGCCACUGCUCUUUUUCGGGACUUCCCUCUUCAUUGGGUAAUCUUUCUCAUCUCACUGCACUAGACCUUCGCAGAAAUGACUUGCUAGAUCAAAUCCCUGUUUCCGAGCUUGGAUAUUGUGGAUUGAAUGGAGACUUUCCAGUCAGCAUUUUUCAGCUGCCAAACUUGGAAGUCCUUGACAUUAGUGGCAAUUCCAACCUUUCUGGUAUUCUUCCCAAACCGCAUUGGGGUUCUCCAUUGAAAUCCAUAAACCUUUACAAUACCAAAUUCUCAGGAGAAAUACCCUCUUCGAUUGGAAAUCUUAGUCUCUUGAAUGAGUUAGACGCUAGUGAGUGCCAUUUUUCGGGAUCGCUUCCCUCUUCAUUGGGGAAUCUUUCUCAUCUCACUACACUAGUCCUUUACGGAAAUAACUUGCAAGGUCAAAUCCCUGUUUCCUUUGCUGAUCUUACCCAGCUAUCGCAGCUAAUCCUCUCUUCCAAUAACUUGAGUGGUGAUACUUUGGAGUGGGUGGUCAACUUGACAAAACUUACGGACUUGGAAAUUUCAGGUAAUAGUUUCUUCCUCUCUGCCGGUUCGGUCGGAUCUCUUUCCUUCUCUCUCUGUGCAACUCCAUGGUAUCACCGAUCUCUCGAGGUCCACCGCCGCUCGCUCCCUCCCCGACCACCUCCAAAACCGCAGCCGCAGCGACCACGAGCGAAACCAGAGACAGGGACUUCCUCCUCCACCUCGAUGCCUACCUCGCAAUCCUCUCCUCCUCCCUCCUACCCGAAACCCUACCCCUCCAUCGACGACCGCCACUCGAGUGUUCUGUCGAAGAUCAGCGCGUAG